AUGUUCAAAAAGUUUUCAAGUGAUGAAGUAUCCUCACAAAACCAAGUGAAAGCAUCAGUUCAACGCAAAAUUCGACAGAGCAUAGCUGAUGAGUACCCAGGGCUUGAACCAGUAUUGGAUGAUUUACUGCCAAAGAAAUCUCCUUUAAUUGUUGUUAAAUGUCAAAAUCAUUUGAAUCUGGUGGUGGUGAAUAAUGUGCCAUUGUUUUUCAAUAUAAGGGAUGGACCUUACAUGCCUACACUCCGACUUCUGCAUCAAUAUCCAAACAUAAUGAAAAAAUUGCAAGUUGACAGGGGUGCAAUAAAAUUUGUCCUUGCUGGGGCUAACAUAAUGUGUCCUGGACUGACAUCUCCUGGUGGUGCAUUAGAUGAUGAAGUGGAUGCAGAAACUCCUGUGGCUAUAAUGGCUGAAGGAAAGCAACAUGCCCUUGCUAUUGGCUUUACAAAAAUGUCAGCAAAAGACAUAAAGGCAAUCAACAAGGGAAUUGGUGUGGACAACAUGCAUUAUCUCAACGAUGGUCUUUGGAAGGGGAUAGAUUUGAAACGAGGAGGUAAGUCCAAGAAAACCAAACGUACGGCUCCGAAGUCGGAUGAUAUCUAUCUUAAGCUUCUUGUCAAGUUGUACCGAUUUCUUGUGAGGAGAACUGGGAGCAAGUUCAAUGCUGUGAUAUUGAAGAGGCUGUUUAUGAGCAAGAUUAACAAGCCCCCACUUUCUCUUUCAAGGCUUAUUAGAUACACAAAGGGAAAGGAGGGCAAGAUUGCUGUGGUCGUGGGCACAAUAACUGAUGAUAUUAGAGUUUAUGAGGUGCCCCCAAUGAAGGUCACUGCUUUGAGGUUUACAGAGACAGCUAGGGCCAGGAUUGAGAAGGCAGGAGGAGAGUGCUUGACAUUUGAUCAGCUUGCUUUGAGAGCUCCGCUGGGACAGAACACAGUUCUCCUCAGAGGUCCAAAGAAUGCUCGUGAAGCUGUCAAACAUUUCGGCCCAGCUCCUGGUGUGCCACACAGCCAUACCAAACCAUAUGUGCGCGCAAAGGGAAGGAAGUUUGAGAGAGCCAGAGGAAGGAGGAACAGCAGGGGCUUCAGGGUUUAA